AUGGCUGAUAUUGAGGAACGCCUGAGAAGCCACGCCCAGGCAUUCGAUGGCCUUCUGUCGUUGAUUCCGGCCAAAUACUACUAUGGUGAAGAUACCAGUGAUCAAUGGAAGCGAAAAAAGCAGACGAAAGAACAGGCCAGGGAUGCCAAACGAGCAAAGUUGGACCCUGAUUCGGCAAAGACGGCAAAAGAUGUAAUGGAUGAAAAUGCGCGAAAACGGAAGCGUGAGGAAGACGAAGACAGUGACAGCGACUCAUCAGUCAGUGAACUUGGCUCAGAGCUGCCCAGAGAGGGGCUGAAGAGGGGUGACUAUAAAAAGAAACCAAGACAAUCGGAUUCGACAGAAAAGGCUGAAAACGCUGAAAAGGAGGGGAACACGCCGACAAAGUUAUCUCAAGAGGCGGAGGAGCGGAGACAGCUCAAGGCCCAGAAGAAGGCAGAGAAGAAAGCCGCACAGCGAGAGAGAAAGAAGGCCAAACAAGCUGCAAAGAAGGAGAAGGCACGAGAGAAGGCACAAGAGAAGGCACAAGCCGCACAACAAGAGUCCCAGAAGUCAUCUGAGGCACCCCAAAUUGCUUCCAAAUCCGAGGAGGAAGAACCUAGCGGGGAAAAGGAUCAGCAUAAGCCCUCACCAGAGGAUAACGAUGACGGAGAGGAGGAAGUUGCUCCAGUGGAAGGUUUCUCCUUGGAUUCAAACAGCAGAUCCCCUGAAAAUGCAUCAACAGCCUCAUCAAAUAGAGAUUCUCCUGGAUUCGAUGUAUCCAACGAUCACUCUGGUAGCUCCUCUAUCUCCUCCAUCGCCCCAUCCAACGACGCCGCAGAUGCCGCUCAGAAACCAGCUUCCGAACAAGCUUUCGAACCUAAACCACUCAAGCCCACACCAGAGGAGCUCCGGCAACGUCUACAAAAGCGUCUUGAAGAGCUUCGCGCCGCUCGUCACGCAGACGGUCUUAACGGCAAGCCAGCGCGGAAUCGACAGGAACUAAUCGAGGCCCGGAGACAGAAGGCGGAGCAGCGGAAAAAACAUAAGAAGGAGAUGAGGCGAAAAGCCAAGGAGGAGGAACAACGCAAGAAAGAUGAGGAUAUGGCGCGACGCUUCUCGCCCGGUGGAGCGGGCUCUCUCCUCGCAUCGCCUCGCUCUCCCGCAGAAUCGAACGCCUCUGGCUCUAAUAACUACGCAUUUGGCCGGAUUGCUUUCUCAGACGGUCAGAUCACCGAUCCUUCGGGUACUCGUAUCAUAGAGCCGAAGCAGAAAGGGCCUCAGGAUCCUGGCACGGCUCUGAGAGCCCUCGAAGCGAAGAAGGCGCGCCUCGAGGCUAUGGACCCGGCGAAACGGGCGGAGAUCGAAGAGAAAGACAUGUGGCUGAACGCGAAGAAGAAAGCCCACGGCGAGCGAGUCCGUGACGACACCUCUCUGUUAAAGAAGGCUCUCAAGCGGAAGGCGGCCGCCAAGCGCAAGUCCGAGAGGGAGUGGAAGGAGCGACUCGAAGGCGUGGCGAAGGCCAAGGAAAUGAGGCAACAAAAGCGCGAGGAGAACCUCCGGAAGAGGAGGGAGGAGAAGAAGAAAGGCAAGGCCAAGGCUCGACCAGGGUUCGAGGGAAGCUUCAAGGCGAAGGUGGGAGGAAAGAAGAAAUGA